CUGGCGGCUGCGCUGCGAGGGUGGGCGGCAGCUCUGGCGCUACCUGGGCGAUGGCGAAGGCGAUGUCGCGGAGCGGCGAGCGCAGACGGCGCUGGAGCAGCACAGCCUCGGGCUGGACACGGGCGCGACGCUGCGGACGCUGCCGGCGGCCGGCUCGGCCCGGGACGCUGCUCGCAACGGGAUGCGGUUCUACGCGGCGCUGCAGGCCGAGGAUGGGCACUGGGCGGGCGAUUACGGCGGGCCGCUGUUCCUGCUGCCAGGUCUCCUCAUCACCUGCCACACGGCCAAAAUCCAGCUGCCCGAGGGGUUCCGGAAGGAGAUGGUGCGCUACCUGCGCUCUGUGCAGCUCCCGGACGGAGGCUGGGGCUUACAUGUGGAAGAUAAAUCAACAGUGUUUGGCACAGCCCUCAACUACGUAGCCUUGAGGAUCCUGGGGAUCGGACCAGAUGACCCUGACGUUGUGCGGGCCCGUGUCAACCUGCACAGCAAAGGAGGUGCUGUGGGAAUCCCUUCCUGGGGCAAGUUUUGGCUGGCUGUCUUGAACGUUUACAGCUGGGAGGGAAUGAACACGCUUCUCCCAGAGAUGUGGCUGCUUCCCACAUGGUUUCCAGCGCAUCCGUCGCGGCUCUGGUGUCACUGCCGCCAGGUUUACCUUCCCAUGAGCUACUGCUAUGCUAAGCGUCUGUCAGCAGAAGAGGACGAGCUCAUACAGAGCCUGAGGCAGGAGCUGUACGUGCAGGACUACGGCAGUAUAGACUGGCCAGCACAGAGGAACAACGUGGCUGCCUGUGACGUGUACACCCCGCACAGCUGGCUGCUGGGUGCUGCCUACGCCAUCAUGAACAUGUAUGAAGCUCACCACAGCACCCACCUGCGGCAGCGAGCCGUCACAGAGCUGUAUGACCACAUCAAGGCUGAUGACAGAUUCACCAAGUGCAUCAGCAUCGGGCCGAUCUCCAAGACAAUCAACAUGCUGGUUCGCUGGUUCGUGGAAGGGAAGGACUCUCCAGCUUUUCAGGAGCAUGUUUCCAGGAUCCCUGACUAUCUCUGGCUGGGCCUCGACGGCAUGAAGAUGCAGGGCACAAAUGGAUCCCAGCUCUGGGAUACUGCUUUUGCCAUCCAAGCCUUCCUGGAGGCAGAAGCCCAGGAGAUGCCUGAAUUCACCUCCUGCCUCCAGAACGCCCAUGGAUUCCUCCAGUUCUCCCAGAUCCCCGAGAACCCACCUGACUACCAGAAGUAUUACCGCCAUAUGAACAAGGGUGGCUUCCCCUUCAGCACGCGGGACUGCGGCUGGAUCGUGGCAGACUGCACAGCAGAGGGGCUGAAGGCAGUAAUGCUGCUGCAGGAGAAGUGUCCCUUCAUAGCCAAGCCUGUGCCUGCUGAGCGCCUCUUUGAUGCUGUGAAUGUGUUGCUGAGCAUGAGGAACCCGGAUGGAGGCUUUGCCACAUAUGAAACCAAGCGAGGAGGCCACUUACUGGAGCUGCUGAACCCCUCGGAGGUGUUUGGUGACAUCAUGAUUGACUACACAUACGUGGAAUGCACAUCAGCUGUCAUGCAGGCACUGAGACACUUCCAGAGCCAGUUCCCUGAGCACCGAGCCCUGGAGAUCAGGGAGACUCUGCAGAAGGGCCUGGAUUUCUGUCGCAAGAAGCAGCGAGCGGAUGGGUCCUGGGAAGGGAGCUGGGGGGUUUGUUUCACCUAUGGCACCUGGUUUGGUCUGGAGGCGUUUGCCAGCAUGCAGCACACAUACCACAACGGGACUGUCUGCCAAGAGGUGGCCCAGGCCUGCCAGUUCCUCAUCUCCAAGCAGAUGGCAGAUGGAGGGUGGGGAGAGGAUUUCGAGUCCUGCGAGCAGCGCACAUACGUGCAGAGUGCUGAGUCACAGAUCCACAACACCUGCUGGGCCCUGCUGGGGCUCAUGGCUGUCAGGUACCCCGACAUCAGUGUGCUGGAAAGGGGCAUUAAAGUGUUGAUGGAUAAGCAGCUGCCCAACGGGGACUGGCCUCAGGAGAACAUUGCAGGGGUGUUCAACAAGUCGUGUGCCAUCAGUUACACCGCGUACCGCAACAUCUUCCCCAUCUGGACGCUGGGGCGGUUCUGCCGGCUGCAUCCCAAGAGCCCCCUGGCUGGGCAGCUGCCAGCCAGAGCCAGCCCCUCGGCUGGGGCAGGCCAGGAGGAGCAGGGAGCCCUGUCUGCUUGAACCUGGGACACUGGGGAUGCCACGGCCCCUGACUUGUCUUGGAUCCCCGAGUCUGCACGGGGCCGUGGCGGUGUGUGUUGCAUGGGACAGCUCCAUG